CAGGAACAUUGUAAAGAGUGUAGGAGUGAGAGUGUGUGUGUGUGUUGUGUGUCACAUCGUACAGAUGGUCGACACACACACACGUUCCUGUGGCUCAGUCUCACUUUAACGCAAACUUUCUCCAAUGGAAUGGAAGACGAUCAGGGAGUGUGUCGCGCUCACGCUUUCCCACAAGCUCUGUUUCUCCUCCUGAGCCUGGUUUUGUCCGAACUGUCUCACCCCGAAGCCAAACCGCUCGACUUUGUGUGUGUCAGUGAGGCGAGGAAAGUCAUGAACAAGGUCAAGGAUCUGCAGGAAGAUCUGGCCCAGUGCAGCGCUGCAGCGUUUCUCCCUGCUCCAGUCCGAAUUCCCUGCAUCAGGGUUAACAUCAUGACCUGGAAAAGCAAACCUAUCCCAGAGCACAGAGCUGAGAUCCUGCAGUCUUUGCAGAUGUUGGCGCAGGAUAUUCACCAUGCCAGGAAUGGAAGCCAAGCCGAAUGUGCGUGCAAACUGCUGGGCCGCCUCGAGCACAACAUCAACAACUACAUACACACGCUCACACAGCUCCACUCCCAGAGUGGAUUAGAUAGGCCGAAAGUUCCAGACCCUUCUGUUCAGCACGUCUCACAGAAUCUAAGUUUGAUUCUGCAACGCUUCGACCUUCUGAUCUCCAGAAAACUGGAAUGGCUUGUUAGUGAAAUGGCGAAAGAGUGCGAGACAAAAACAGCCACUUGAAAACCACAAGUGAGGCAUCAGGGACAGGAGAACAGAAGGUCAGACACUUGAUAGGACGCCUACUGAGGGUUUGUAGAAAUAUGGAGACUGAGCGCCAUCUGCUGCUGAAAGAUUCCAGCAUUUCCUCUUGCACUUAUGGAGUCCAGAUGGACAUUAAGAAGGACGCAAAGAAGACUACAGAUGGACGUGCUAAACUCUUUCAUCUUCUUCUGGACCUUAAAUAUAGAAUGUGAAAUGUAAAACAUUAUUUUUAUACAGAGAAUUUUUAUUUUCCUUAAUGUCAUUAAUGCACUCCUUUGUAAUAACAUGACUCCAUUCACACUUUACUACAAGAUUUAAUUUUUUCCCCUGCUCUGACUAUUUAAGUGUAUUUUUUGCAUUUUUCUUCUGCUCGUGUUCCUAAUUUUAUAAAUUUAAUGUGAAAAGUUAACAAUAGGUCAAGUUUAAUUUUACAGGAAUAGUUCAGCCAAAAAUACCUCCAAACAUGACCAUAAAUGCAGCUUGGCUUGGUGUCUGAAGUUUCCUUCUUUAAUUUUGCACAGGUUAGAGUAGCUAACGAGUAACAGAAGCUUAGAGCCACCGCUUUAGCAUUGCAUACUAAAUCUGCAUGUUAAAUCAUUAAGACAUUUUGCCUCAUUUUUAUAAAGUAGCAAAAUAAGUUUGGACGACUGCCCUUACCUGACAAGACUAUGUGUUUACCUACUUUCAAUUUUGGCUAAACUGUUCCUUUAAUUUUUGGGUAAAGCUAAAAAAGAUUUUUAUACACACUGUGAAGUAGGUUUUCUGUGUGAAAUUGUGAAAUUGUGUAAAUAAUAACGCUUCUGUCUAUUAUUCAGAAACUGUAGCACUUAAUGCUAAUAUUAAUAUUCCCUGGAGCAUUAAACUCAAAUAAUAAAAAUGUAUAUAUUUUUA